AUGAACCCACGCGCACUGUAUGCCGUGGUGUUUGGGCGACGCAUGCUGAACAACCUGACGGCCAGCAUGCUCCAAAAUACGCCUGUGGGAAUGCCCUGCCUCAGUACGUUGUACCUCAAGAUCAUCAAGCAAACCUUCGACGAUACAUCCUCACCUACGGAUGUGUUGCCGCUCAUGAUACAGCAAAUAAUAUUAUGGCACAGUGCGUAA